AUGGCACUGCAUUUUCACAGAACACCAAUAGUUCUCAGCGCAACGACGCUAAAAACUUUAGUAUCCCGUUACAGGGAAUACACUAAACAGGUUGAGUACUCAGCAAUAGAUGAGGAAACUUAUCAGAAAUGCAGAUCAGCCACAGCACUUUUACGAAGUAGCAUAAGGCAAAUAAAAGAAGCAAGAGAAAACCUCCAAGAAUUAUAUAACGAGGUUAGAGAUGAGUAUAAAAACUGCAAAAACAAGUCCGAAAGGAAGAAUUUGAUGAUUGAAAUUGAACAAAUAGAGGAAGAAUCGCAGCUACAAUCUGCGAUAGCUGAAGCAAACGACCUAACAUUCAUGCUAACAGCGCGCCUUGAUGAAACAAAAAAUAUGCGCGAAAAUAUGGAAAUCAAACUGGGAUACAUGUCCCUAAAGCCCCAAAGAGACAAUAAUGUCCACAAUGAAGAAAACGAAGAAGGGGAUGGUGAAAUUGAUAAUACAAGCGAAAAUUGCGUGAGAGACACCACAAUGCCAUCUUGCUCGCAAGACACAUCAAAUUCAGCAUCCACAUGCAAUAGUGGCACAGCCAAAAGGACGCUGAGGUCAAUAAAACCUCCACAAGCCACACUACCAAAAUUUUACGGGAAUUCUGACGACUUCCCAGAAUACUGGGCCAUUUUUGAAGCCCUUGUCCAUAACAGUGAAGAACUGGACAUCAUGGAAAAGAUACUCCUACUCAAAGAAAGUUUAAAGGGUCGAGCGCAAACAGCCAUCAAAGGGAUAAAACUCAUUCCUGGAACUUACAAUAGGUUGAUCAAAACUUUACAGGAGAAUUACUCCAAUCACCAGUCUAAUAGAUCACAAAUAGUCAAAAAAUUGGUCAGUAUGAGUGUGGCAAACAAUUCCGCAGACAUCUGCUCUGCAACAUUUGAUCAAAUAAGAAUGCUGACCAACCAAAUGAUUUCUGCAGGAUAUCAUGUAGGGAAAACCUGCGACCCAAUGUGGUGUGAAACAAUCUUAUCUAAAUUCCCUGAAGACAUCAUAAAAUCUGUAUUAGUGGCCAGUCAAUCACAAGACCGGCAAACAGUUGAUGACCUCAUGAAUCUCUUAAAAACAGAGAUCACUGCAAAAGCCUACGUCGAAAGCAGACAGCAGAAAGCAAGAUGA